AUGCUCAUCUCUCUCAUCUCUCUCAUCACGCUCAUCUCUCUCAUCACGCUCAUCUCUCUCAUCUCUCUCAUCACUCUCAUUACUCUCAUCUCUCUCAUCUCUCUCAUCUCUCUCAUCAUGCUCAUCUCUCUCAUCUCUCUCAUCUCUCUCAUCACGCUCAUCUCUCUCAUCACGCUCAUCUCUCUCAUCUCUCUCAUCACGCUCAUCUCUCUCAUCUCUCUCAUCACUCUCAUCACGCUCAUCUCUCUCAUCUCUCUCAUCUCUCUCAUCUCUCUUAUCUCUCUCAUCACGCUCAUCUCUCUCAUCUCUCUCAUCUCUCUCAUCACUCUCAUCUAUCUCAUCUCUCUCAUCACUCUCAUCUCUCUCAUCACGCUCAUCUCUCUCAUCACUCUCAUCUCUCUCAUCUCUCUCAUCUCUCUCAUCUCUCUCAUCUCUCUCAUCUCUCUCAUCACUCUCAUCUCUCUCAUCUCUCUCAUCACUCUCAUCACUCUCAUCUCUCUCAUCUCUCUCAUCUCUCUCAUCAUGCUCAUCUCUCUCAUCUCUCUCAUCACGCUCAUCUCUCUCAUCUCUCUAAUCACUAUCAUCACUCACACUCACACUCUGGGUAGCAGCAUCAUGCUGUGGGGCUGCUCUUCAGUUACAGGGAAGAGUGUCAGAGUUGAUGGAGAGGUGGAUGUCGGGAUUCUACAAAAUACAGCUUUUGUUUUGCCCCACGAUACCCACACGGCUUCACCUGAGCAUCGCGCCAAAACAGCAGGCAGAUCUAUACAAGUCAUGCAGGAGAUCGUCCAGGUGUUGGAGCUGACAUAG